AUCGUUGUCCGUCAGUUGAUAAUAUAAUAUAAAACAAUUAAUGGUAUUUCUGGAUUCUGUACAGGGGAUUUUAAUACCAAAGGAUACUAGGUCAUAGGUCAACUGCUCAUAAUAAAUAAUGUGGUCAUAAUCGUAUUAAACAAAAAUGAAUGCACAAACCAAAAUAACCUGUAGGCAUAAUUGCUUACAGGUUCCAAUUUGUUUGCAAUACGCAAUCAUUAACAUUCAGCCUACUUUGAUAGAGACAAGGAAUUUGCAUCUGUUAAAAAGAGAACAACAAUGUCUUUCCUUUUUUUAAACAGAAGCAAAUUUGGAUCCGCUGCAGUGUCCAUAAUAUAAAAUAACCUAUAUAUAUGCAUUCAAUGCAUAUAUAUUGCAUGUUCAUCCAUAUGGCAUCUAAUUAGGAACAAUGGAGGAAAAGUAGCCUCUGCAGUAGCAUGUUUGUGCAACACACAAGCAUAGAACACAUGUAUACCACAACACCAAAUGUGUGCCACACGGACCUCUACCACCUUUUUGAGGGAAAACACAAAGACGGCUUUCCUGUAGUCCUUGGACAUGAGGGCGCUGGCAUUGUGGAGAGUGUUGGACCCGGGGUCACUGAAUUUCAACCAGGUGACAAGGUGAUACCCCUCUUCGUCUCCCAGUGCGGGGAAUGCCGUUUUUGCCAAAGUCCGAAGACCAACCAAUGUUUGGAGGGAUGGUCCAGCGGCGGUCAUGAGACGAUGUCGUCUCUAGAGACCAGGUUCACCUGUAGAGGCCAGAAGGUGCUGCAGUUCACGGACCAGUACACUGUGGUCAACCAGAUAGCUGUGGCCAAGAUAGACCCCUCGGCACCACUUGAUACCGUCUGUCUUCUUGGCUGUGGUGUGUGUACUGGAUUUGGAGCUGCUGUCAACACUGCUAAGGUAUCUCCAGGAUCCACUUGUGCCGUCUUCGGCCUUGGGGCGGUCGGCCUGGCUGCUGUGAUGGGCUGUCACUCUGCUGGGGCCAAGAGGAUCAUCGCUGUUGACUUCAACCCGGACAAGUUUGAGAAGGCCAAGGUGUUUGGGGCGACCGACUUUGUGAACCCUAAUGACCACAGUGAGCCCAUCAGCCAAGUGCUGUCAAAGAUGACCAAUGGAGGCGUGGAUUUCACUCUGGAAUGUGUGGGGAAUGUUGGAGUCAUGAGGAAUGCACUGGAGUCCUGCGUACAAGGCUGGGGGGUGAGUGUUGUGGUCGGUUGGACAGACCUGCAUGAUGUCGCUACAAGACCCAUCCAGCUCAUAGGCGGACGCACAUGGAAGGGUUCCUACUUUGGAGGUUUCAAAGGUAAACAUGAUGUGCCACAAAUGGUAAAGGCCUACCUGGAAAAGAAGGUGAAGCUGGAUGAGUUCAUAACCCACAGAAUGCCCCUGGAGUCGGUCAAUGAUGCCAUCGACCUUAUGAAAAACGGAAAAUUUAUCCGAACCAUCUUGAGUCUUGAGUGAAAUCAAGGACCAAAUUGGAAGGCAUAUUGGUACAAUAGGUUUUUCCUGGGGAUAAAAUCAAAUAACUUCAAAUCAAUAAAAUAAACCAUAUAUAUGAUAGAACAAAUAUAAGAAUGGUACACAUACUGUAAACAAAUGUGAAUGUUGCAUUUUUCUCCGAAAUAAAUUGUUGCCUGAUA